AUGAGUUCCCCUAUUCCUGAUACACCGCCCGAAAGAGAAGGAGCUCGAUCAAGAAUGACUUCACCAGCUAGAGAAUAUGAAAUGUUUGAAGAUGAAAGUGCAAUUCUUGGAGAUAACGCGGCUGAAGAAGAAGAAGAUGGAGAGGAGCUUUUUAACGAUAAUAUGGAGGCGGACUAUCGUCCUAUGCCAGCUUUAGACCGAUACGACAAUGAGGACUUGGAUGACGAAGAUUAUGAUGCCAUGUCUAUUGAAGAUCGUGUGGCUGCUGAACAGGAAUUGCGGAGGCGUGACAGAGAAGAAGGCAGAGUGAGAAGGGAUGAUCGUGGAUUGCUUUAUGAUGAAUCAGAUGAAGAGAGUGCAGAUGCACCUCGUGCUAAACGACGUCGGGCCGCCGAGAAAGCUGCGGCUGGUUCGGACGAGCAGGUUGAGGAAGGCAUUGAAAGUAUAGAGAACCUAGAGGACACCAAGGGAUAUACCACUAAAGAAUGGGUCUCCAUGUUAGGUCCUCGCACUGAGAUUGCUAAUAGAUUCAAAAACUUCCUCCGUACAUAUACAAAUAAUAAAGGUCAGUUUGUCUACAAAGACCGUAUUCGACGAAUGUGUGAACACAAUCAGGCAUCAUUCCACGUGGAGUUCGAUGUAUUAGCACGAAGGGAACAAGUACUUGCCUACUUCUUGCCAGAGGCACCGUUUCAAAUGCUGCAAAUCUUUGAUGAGGUUGCCAAGGAGAUAGUCUUGCAAAUAUUCCCGAGUUACGAACGAGUAACUUCCGAAAUCCAUGUUCGAAUAUCUGAUUUGCCGCUUAUUGAAGAGUUGAGAACAUUCAGAAAGCUACACUUGAAUCAGCUUGUGAGGACAGUGGGAGUAAUUACUGCUACAACCGGCGUUCUACCGCAGCUCUCAGUUGUGAAAUAUGAUUGUAACAGAUGUGGGUAUAUUCUUGGACCGUUUGUUCAAUCGCAGAAUACUGAAGUGAAGCCUGGAUCUUGUCCGGAGUGUCAAAGUUCUGGACCUUUUAUGGUGAAUAUGGAGCAAACAGUGUACCGUAACUAUCAAAAAGUCACAAUCCAGGAAUCACCAGGUCGGAUCCCCGCUGGUCGUAUUCCUCGCAGUAAAGACUGUAUAUUGUUGGCAGAUCUAUGUGAUAGAUGCAAGCCAGGAGAUGAGGUUGAUUUAACUGGGAUAUAUACCAAUAACUAUGAUGGAUCACUCAAUACUGAGCAGGGUUUCCCGGUGUUUGCAACAGUUAUCAUAGCAAAUUAUAUAGUGGUCAAAGAUUGCAAGCACAUUGUAGAGUCAUUGACAGAUGAAGAUGUUGCUAACAUUGUAAAACUCUCCAAAGAUCCCAACAUUGGUGAGAAAAUCGUGCAGAGUAUAGCUCCCUCGAUUUAUGGACAUGAUUACAUAAAGAGGGGACUGGCGCUCGCUCUAUUUGGUGGCGAACCGAAAAAUCCAGGUGAAAAACACAAAUUGAGAGGGGAUAUCAAUGUUCUGAUUUGCGGCGACCCAGGAACUGCCAAAUCACAAUUCUUGAAAUACACAGAAAAGAUCGCGCCCCGUGCAAUAUUUACCACAGGGCAGGGUGCCAGUGCGGUUGGUCUUACGGCUUAUGUGAGAAAGAAUCCUACAACAAGAGACUGGACUCUGGAAGCUGGUGCUUUAGUCCUGGCAGACCGAGGCGUGUGUCUUAUUGACGAGUUCGACAAAAUGAAUGACCAGGACCGAACCUCGAUACACGAGGCCAUGGAGCAGCAGUCCAUCUCUAUAUCAAAAGCUGGUAUCGUCACUUCGUUGCAUGCCAGGUGUUCAAUCAUAGCGGCCGCCAACCCCAUAGGUGGGCGUUACGACGCGUCGCUUACCUUCUCCGAGAAUGUUAACCUUUCCGAGCCCAUACUGUCGCGAUUCGACGUGCUUUGCGUCGUGCGAGAUGAAGCGGACCCUAUGAAGGACGCUCAUUUGGCUAAGUUCGUCGUGAGCUCACACAUCCGGCAUCACCCAACACAGCGAGGUACCACUCUAGAGGAUAACACCGCCGAUGACAAUGGCAUACCACAAGAUCUCCUGAAGAAGUAUAUUGUAUAUUCGAGGGAAAAUGUGCAUCCUAAACUACAGAACAUGGAUCAAGACAAAGUUGCAAAAAUGUACAGCCAGUUGCGUCAGGAAUCCUUGGCUACAGGCAGCUUGCCCAUCACUGUUCGACAUAUUGAAUCAGUGAUACGUAUGAGCGAGGCACACGCUCGUAUGCAUCUCCGCGCGCAAGUCAACGAAGAAGACGUUAAUAUGGCCAUACGCACAAUGCUCGAAAGUUUCGUCGAUACACAGAAGUACAGUGUAAUGCGCGCUAUGAGACAGACAUUCCAGAAGUACCUGUCAUAUAAGAAAGACCAUAGUGAGCUGUUGUACUACAUUCUUCGUCAACUUACAAUGGACCAACUCGCUUACAUGCGAGGCCUGCACAAUCACUCGCAAUCAACCAUCGAAAUUUCAGAAAGAGACCUAAUGGAGAGAGCUCGUCAAAUAAACAUCGCAGAUUUAAAACCUUUCUACGAUAGUAGGAUAUUCAAAAUCAACAAUUUCAGCUAUGAUCAAAAAAGAAAGGUCAUAAUUCAUGCAUUGCCAGAAACACCCAGUGUUUCAUAG